CACACACACACACUCAAAUGUACAGGGUCACAUGCACUGUGGCCCCUACGGUGUCUCAUUCAAGUGCAUCCCACACAGGGAGACUGAUUGCUGCAAAGGAUUUUGCUUUCAUCGACAGAAAAAAACGAGGCGACAACUUUUGUGGUUGUAGUAUUGUCAGUGACUCUCUCUCUUUCACCCCAAGUGAGCAACAGGUCUCUCUCUCUUCCCCUCUACCCGUUUCUAUCUCUAACUCAGAAAGUUGCUCUUCAGAGGCCCCGUUAACUCAUCUCAAGAUGUACAGCUUCAUGGGAGGGGGCCUGUUCUGUGCUAUUGUUGGUAAUAUCCUGUUGGUGAUCUCCACUGCAACCGACUACUGGAUGCAGUACCGUCUCUCUGGAAACUAUGCCCACCAGGGUCUGUGGAGGUACUGCAUGUCCAACAAGUGCUACAUGCAGACUGACAGCAUAGCUUACUGGAAUGCCACCAGGGCCUUCAUGAUCCUUUCAGGGAUGUCGUGCUUCGCAGGCAUCAUCGCUGGCAUCAUGUCCUUUUCACACUUCUCAUCCUUUGAAAGAUUCAAUCGCUCCUUUGCUGCAGGAAUCCUGUUUUUUGUCUCCACUUUCUUUGUUCUGCUGGGUAUGGCCAUUUAUACUGGAGUGACAGUCAACUUCCUGGGCAGGCGCUUUGGUGACUGGCGCUUCUCCUGGUCCUACAUACUGGGCUGGGUGGCCAUGCUCAUGACCUUCUUUGCAGGUAUUUUCUACAUAUGUGCCUACAGAAUGUGUGAAUGCAGGAGAGGAAAUGGCCCCCGCUAGAGGGAGACAAAUAGUUUGUUUUAACAAAAGAGGACAAUACCACUUUUGAAUUAAGGACAAACAGAAGCCACUCUUGACUGAUCUACUGAAGAGAUGACGUCUGAUGCUGCUCCUGGAGACCUUCGAUGGUCUGCGUAACAUUUUUUCUAAAAGUCUUAUUUUUAAAAUAUGGGUUGUUUUUAGGAAUAUAGUCAUGAUGAUAGCACAGAGGAACACUUAAUAAAACUGAUCAUGUUGUAACGGGAUAUUGGUAUUAUUUAACUUUCUAAAUCCGAUUAUUUUGGCACAUUCAAUAAAGUUGGUCCUCAAA